CAAGAGACGCCCCCAUUACCCUCUCUACCUCUUUCUCUUCCCAAUUGGAUCUGCUACUACCACCGCUCCCUCCGCCGGCCGCUCCUUCCGCCCGCCCCGUAGCUCCACCGCCCUUCUCGCCAUUGUGUCAUAUCUCUCUCGGUUUCACGCCCCUCCCUAGUUGUUGCCGCCGCGGCCCCGACUGCCGCUGCAUUCGAAAAUCCGAGUGUAGGAAUACAAGGAGGUUUUCUCAUUAAUCAGGAAUCAUGGACAUAGAUGAGGAGAAUACUGUCCCUACCUCAGCUGCACAUUCCACUUCCCCUGCUGGGGACGAACCCAUGGAUUCUGCUAUUGAUGCAAUGUCACUUCAAGCGGUUCAGCCUGUAAUUGCACCCACUGCCCCAACCACUGUUAUACCUCCUAUUGCCCCAAUACCUACUGUACCAAGACCAUUGGCUCCAAUACCUACCCGCCCUCCAGUUCAUAGGCCUCCUGUACCAAAGGGAGAGUCAAGAACUAGUGAUUCGGAUUCUGACGAGGAAGGGUCAGGUAUGAAUCAGACUGCUGCUGGUCUGGAAUACGAGAUCUCAGAAGAAAGCAAACUGGCCAGGGAGAGACAGGAGAAAGCAGUACAGGAACUUCUGAUGAAGCGUCGCACUGCUGCCUUGGCAGUGCCCACUAAUGAUAAUGCUGUCCGAGCUCGGCUUCGUCGACUUGGUGAACCUAUAACUCUCUUUGGAGAAAGGGAGAUGGAGAGGCGUGAUCGUCUACGGGCACUUAUGGCAAAACUCGAUUCUGAAGGCCAGUUGGAAAAGCUGAUGAAAGCUCAUGAGGAUGAAGAAGCUGGAAGCACUGCGGCACCUUCUGGACCUGAAGAAGAUAUUCAGUAUCCCUUUUUCACUGAAGGUACUCAAUCACUAUUAGAAGCUCGGCGAGAGAUUACAAAGUAUUCUAUUGUGAAGUCAGCACUGCGCCUCCAUCGUGCAAGGAGAAAAAGGGAUGACCCUGAUGAAGAUCUGGAUGCCGAGGUAGAUUGGUCUUUGAAGCAGGCGGCAAAUCUAGAGCUAAAAAGCAGUGAGAUGGGUGAUGUUCGACCUCUUUCAGGAUGCUCAAUUUCACAUGACGGGCAGAUGCUUGCCACCUGUUCUCUAAGUGGAGUUGCAAAGGUCUGGAGCAUGCCAGAAGUAAAGAAGGUUUCAGCUCUAAAAGGGCAUACUGAACGAGCUACUGAUGUUGCAUUCUCUCCAAUCAACUACCAAUUGGCUACUGCCUCUGCUGACAGGACUGCUAGACUAUGGAAUGUGGACGGGACUGCCCUGAGAACAUUUGAGGGCCAUUUAGAUCGCCUUGCUAGGAUAGCCUUCCAUCCAUCCGGAAAGUAUUUGGGUACUGCUAGCUUUGACAAGACUUGGAGAUUAUGGGAUGUAGAGACCGGUGAAGAGUUGCUUCUCCAAGAAGGUCAUAGUAGGAGUGUUUAUGGAUUAUCUUUCCACCAUGAUGGCUCCUUAGUAGCUUCUUGUGGACUGGAUUCUCUUGCUCGUGUGUGGGACCUGAGAUCUGGACGAAGUAUUCUUGCUUUGGAAGGCCAUGUCAAACCUGUUCUUGGUGCCAGUUUUUCUCCCAAUGGGUAUCAUCUGGCUACUGGCGGUGAAGACAACACUUGCAGGAUCUGGGAUUUGAGGAAGAGAAAAUCUUUGUAUAUAAUACCUGCUCACUCCAACCUGCUUUCUCAAGUCAAAUUUGAACCUCAGGAGGGAUACUUUUUAGUUACAGCUUCAUAUGAUACGACUGCUAAGGUUUGGUCGUCGAGAGAUUUCCGGCCUGUUAAGACAUUAUCUGGGCAUGAAGCAAAGAUUACGUCGUUGGAUGUUGUUGCAGAUGGACAAUACAUUACAACCGUCUCACACGAUCGAACAAUUAAGCUAUGGUCGACUAAAGACUCUGAGAGAGAGAGGAAGGAAAUGGAAGUUGACUGAUCCCUACUUUCUGUUGUGUGAUCAAGGAUGAGAAUGCAGUCAGUCAGGAAUAAGUCACGUGUUAUAUUUUGUUCACACUUUUCCUUAUCUCUGGCAAUAUGAUGUUGCAUUUGCUUGUA